GCACUCGCGCCGUUUUUGAAGCUGGCGGCCGUUGCAGGGGGCCUGGCUGCGCUCCGCCUGUGCUGUGCUGCGCCGUGCUCCGCGCGGGAAGGGUGAGCGUCCUGUUCGCAGCCAUGUGUCCGGCGAAGAAACCGUUGCAGAUACAAGAGGCGUUCCAGCUGGCCCAGAAACCCCACCAGAACCCCGCGAAGCUCGUUGUGGCUUUGAAGAGCGCCUACAGCCAGUUACAAGAUAAGGAAGACUUCCAUGAGAAGUUCGUUCAUUUCCUGAAGUAUGUUAUGAUCGUCUACAAGCGGGAGCCAGCCGUGGAGCAACUGGUCGAUUUUGUGGCUAAGUUUGUGACUUCGUUUUAUCAAACGGAGGAAGAGGAGGGUAGUGAGGAAGGAGAAGAAGACAAUUCGCUUCUGAAUUAUGUGUUUAACUUUCUGCUUGAGUCUCAUGAUGCAAACAGCCAUGCAGUUAGGUUUCGAACAUGCCAGCUUGUUAAUAAGAUUUUGAGAAACAUGCCAGAGAAUGCUCAGAUUGAUGACGAAUUAUUCGAUAAAAUUAAUGAAGCUAUGCUGAUUAGACUUAAAGAUAAGUUUUCAAAUGUGAGAAUUCAAGCUGUCUUGGCCCUGUCAAGGCUUCAAGAUCCUAAGGAUGAAAACUGUCCUGUUGUUAAUAUUUACAACGUGUUGCUUGAAAAUGAUUCAAAUUCAGAAGUGAGGCGUGCUGUGCUGUCAUGUAUUGCUCCAUCAGCAAGGACUUUGCCAAAAAUUGUAGGGCGUACAAUGGAUGUGAAGGAAGCUGUCAGGAAGCUAGCAUAUGAGGUUUUGGCAGAAAAAGUUCACCUGAGAGCUCUAUCAAUAGCACAGAGAGUAAAACUGCUGCAACAAGGACUUAAUGACAGAUCUGAUGCUGUUAAGGAAGUAAUGAAGAAGAAAUUGCUUCAAGCUUGGUUACAAUUUACCGAAGGCAAUGUUUUAGAAUUGCUUCAUCGACUGGAUGUAGAGAACUGCCCAGAAGUGGCCGUCCCAGUACUGAAUGCUGUGUUUUCAUUGUCCUCACUUAACGACUGCAUUCAGAACUGCAAAUACCUUGACAACAGAAAAUUGAUUCCUUUGGAAAACUUAACAGCUGAGAAUGUGUUGCACUGGAGAUGUCUUUGUGAACAUCUGAAGUCAAAAGGUGAAGAAGGUGAAGAUUUGCUGGAACAGAUGUUGCCAGAACCAGCCAUAUAUGCAGAUUACUUACUAAGUUACAUACAAAAUAUGCCAGUUCUUGGAGAAGAACAAAGAGAAGACUUCGCUUGUUUUGAAAACCUGAUGACAAAAGAAUUUAUAGGCCAGCAACUGAUUCUUAUUAUAGACUGCAUGGACACCACUGAAGAGGGAGGAAGAAAGCAUCUGUUAGUUCUCUUAAAAAAGAUUCUUAUUCUGCCUGCAACUUCAACAGCUCUUGUAUCUCCACUUGUGGAAAGAUUACUCAGGAUCAUUGAGGAUGAUGCCAGAAGGAUUCAAGUUAUUGCAGAAAUUGUCUCAGAGGUUCGUGAGCCAAUUGUUUCUGUUGACCAGCCUGUUGAUGCUGCUGAAAUAAGAAAGCAACAGAUUAAGUUGGCUGAAAUAAAAGUGAAACUUUUUGAAGCAAAAGCAGCUUUGGAAGAGUGCAUUACUCUGCAGGAUUUUAAUAAAGCAUCAGUAUUAAAAGAGAAAAUAACUGAGUUGGAACACACAAAAAGUGAUCUGAUAAAAGCAGCAGAGCAAUGUGAAAUUAAAGAAAUGCGUGUGGAGAAGGAUGAUCCUGAAACACUGGUGAAGUGUCUAUUGAUGUGUCACGAGCUUCUCAAGAUGAUGGCCCUUUCUAAAGGAAUUGAUCCAACCAUUAAUGAAAUAAUAGAGUCUCUGAUACUUCCUGGUGUAACCAAUGUCCACCCAGCUGUGAGAAACAUGGCAGUUCUAUGCUUGGGUUGUUGUUCCCUUCAAAGCAAAGAAUUUGCUCGACAGCAUCUUGCAUUGUUGUUGCAGGUUUUACAAAUAGAUAAUAUAAAGGUAAAGCUCAGUGCUUUAAGAGCAGUCUUUGAUCAGUUGAUGCUGUUUGGGAUUGAGCCAUUCAAAGCUAGAAGAGACAGUGAGCCUCAAAGUGAAGAAGUACAUGUUGGAACUGAAAGUUGUGAGGAAGAAGGUGAAACAACGGAGAAGAAAGAAGGGAGUGCUACAAUUCACAGCUUCCUGCAGCUUCUUUAUGGUUUCUUAGACAGUGAGUUUUCAGAGCUCAGAACAGAAGCUGCAGAAGGCAUAGCCAAACUGAUGUUUUGUGGGAGGCUGACAAGUGCCAAACUUCUCUCACGUCUUGUUUUGUUGUGGUACAAUCCUGUGACUGAAGAGGACGCUCAACUUAGACAUUGUCUGGGAGUUUUCUUCCCUUUAUAUGCUUAUGCAAAUAGAUCCAACCAGGAAUGCUUUGAGGAAGCUUAUCUUCCAACUCUGCGGACGCUGUUAAACGCUCCUGCAACUUCACCCUUGGCCGAAAUAGACAUCAGUAAUGUUUCUGAGCUGUUGGUGGAUCUGACCAGACCCAGUGGACUGAGACCUCAGGCCAAGAAGUCUCAAGAGUAUCAGGACUUAACAGUGCAUGAUAAUUUAGCACUGAAAAUUUGUAAUGAGAUCCUGAUGGACCCAACUGUGCCCGAUGUUCGUGUUUAUGCGAGAGCGUUAAGUUUGUUGGAAAUCAGUAGUUCUUCCACAGAGAAUCUUCUGCUUCUGCUUGAUGAGAUUCUGGAGAAAGUGAGAGAUAAAUUGUGCCAAAGAGCUAUUGAGAGGAUCAAGAAGAACUUGACCAAAAGUACAAAUGUGAGCAAAGAUCACUCUGAAGGCAUGGAGGAAAGGGGAGUUUCUGAAAAGACACUGGAAAAUGGCAAGACAUUAUCUGCAGAUUCUAUUCAAAAUGAGGAAGAAAAUACUAAGGAUGUUCUUCAUACUCCAGUCACUGAAGUGAAAAAUAAAGAAACUGCAAAAGUGAAAUCCACGAGAAACAAAACUGGCAGAGGGCAAAGAAAAGCAGCAGUGGGAACAAGAUCUGUGAGCAGAAGGAAAACUGGCACAGCUGUGAGAUCUGGUAGUGAAAGCGAUGAUGAAAUGCCAGAAUCAGUCCCAGUGCCAAGUUCAAGGCCUUCGAGACGAGCAAAGACUGCAGCACUUGAAAAAACAAGAAUGAACCUUUCGACCCUUUUGCGUACGGAAUCUGAUGAAUAAAGACAAACUGAGGGGAAAUGUCCCCUGCUAAUGCUGCUUAUUAACAGCAGGCUUGAAAAAUUAAGGUUUCUCUUGUCAUUAGUGUCAUUUAAUUUUUUCAGUAUUUGAUCAUUUAUAGCUCCAUACUUUUCUAGGAACUUUUGAGUAACUUCCCCUUAUGAAGUACAUCAUUGAUGUAAUAAAAACAUAUUAAAAUAUUACCUGAAGAAAAAAGGAGGUUUUUUUUUUACUUACAAAUGUAAAUUUUCAGACUUUGUUUAACAUGAUGUUAGUAUUUAAUGUUAUUCAGAGAGAACGCUUGACCUGGAGUGGUUGCGUGAUGGCAGCGCUUCUGGCUGUACUGUUAACACACCUACUGUCUUUCCUUCUUAGCCUGCACAUCUGCUGUCCCUCAGGAGGCCUUUAUGGUUUGUGUUAAUUGGGAAUUCUGCUUCUUGGAGAUAAAUGUCUGCUUUAUUUUAAAUGACAUCAAAAGGGCAAAGCCAUAAUUAACUCUACAAAUCAAAGCCUGGAAGCCUGCUACCGACCGGAGGGGGGCAGGAAAGGAGGAGCACUUCCCUCCCUGGAAGUGUUAAGACCAGGCUGGAUGGGGCCCUGGGCAGCUUGUGGGUGGGGCAUGGAACUGAGUGGGCUUCAAGGUCCUUUCCAACCAAACCGUUCUGUGAUUCUGUGACCUUGUUAUAUGAAAUUGCUAAUGUGCUUUUAGAAAUCAUAAAAGAAGUACCUGAUAAGUAUCCAAUUAAGUAAGGUAUAGAAAGGGCAAAAAAUAUAAGCUUCUGCAUACCGUCUGUUUAAAGUGGCGGACAAAAGUGAUUUCUAUGACUCUGAAGAUCACAGAGGUUUUUCUAAUGACAUAUUUAGGAAUAGUCAAAAGUUUUACAGAGACAAUAGAAGAUUAACUUUAAAGUGUGCCAAACAUUCACUGUUGGCUGAGCACAUUAAUUCUGGAAAUGUUAGGGGUUUGGUUUGGAAACACUCUGUCGAUCGUAUCCUUCUGUGUUACCAUUUAAUUUCCAGGGCAGUCAGUUAAAACUUAGGUUGACUGUUCACUCUGCACGUGUCAGUGCAACUUUCCAAUGAAUUUGUUUGAGAUAGAUUCAUAUGUGGCUCUGAUCUUCGGUAUUUCUCUGAAAUGGCUUAAGGACUAAACAAGUGAAAAGUAGCGUUCUCAAAGCAAGGUGCUCCAGCUACUAUGCUG